AUGCCCUUCGAUCACACGAACAACCGCACGCUCCGCAUUCUCCACGCCGCGGCUGCGGGUGGGUACGCUAUCAACGCACAGUCCUGCUACGACGCGCAAUCCGUCAUCGCGCUCGUCCGGGCUGCAGAAGCUUCCCGCUCGCCAGCCCUGUGUCAGCUCUUCCCCGUGACGAUGGCGCAGUUUGGCAAGCCGUUCGUCCAGUUCUGCCUCGACACGUGCCAUGCUGCUUCGGUCCCCAUUGCGGUGCACCUCGACCAUGCCGCCAGCGACGAGGAUAUCACACGCGCACUCGAUUGGGCGGAACAAGGGACAGCGCUGGACAGCAUCAUGAUCGACUGCUCGCACUUCGAUACGGACGAGGAGAAUAUCAACAUGGCCAAGCCGUACGUGGAAAGGGCGAACCGGCUGGGUCUAGCGGUAGAGGUGGAAUUGGGCAGGCUGGCGGGAGGCGAGGCAGGCGUGCGGGUCAUCGAUGAGGGUAUGCUGACCAAGCCCGACAAAGCGGAGCGAUUCCUCACUGAGCUAGGCGCCCAGAUGCUUGCCCCGUCCAUCGGCAACAUCCACGGGCGGUACAUCAACCCGCCCGCAUUUCACCUCGAUCUGCUCGAAAAGCUGCAGUCCACCGUCGGCCCAGGUACCUCCUCGAACGCCUAUCUCGUCCUCCACGGCACCGACGACCUCCCGGACAGCCUCUUCACCGACUGCAUCAAGCGCGGCGCAUACAAGAUCAACGUCAACAGCUGGGCGCGCGAUCCUCAAGUCGAGUACUGGGCGAAACACCUUUCCGGCGGCGCGCUGCCCGAAGUGUACGAGGGAGGGAUGGUCGAGUUCGAGAAGGUGUGCAAACGAUUCUUCGAUCUAUUUGGUAGCGCGGGCAAAGCCUAG